GCAAGGUGUAAUGUGUGAAAAAAUAUAUACAUUUUAAUUGAAAAUUUAUUAAAAACGCCUUAAAAGCAAACAUUUUUGAAUAAAAAUCAAUUGGAGAAGACACUUAAACAAAAUGCAGCUGUUUUAAAAAGGGAAAUGUAAAAAUUAAAACUGGGCGUAAUGGCUUCAAAAUACACAGCCAGCUAAACAGUGUUGAUGGAUGGCUGACAAACGGAUGGACAGACAGAGAAAUUUGGUCGCAGACAGAAAAAUAGCAACAAAUUGCUCGAAAGCAAAAUAGGGAAGAACAGGGAAACAAUUGAUAAGACAACAACAAAGGUAAACAAUUAAAAGCCGCCUGUAAACAAACCGAACUUACGAAGAAAACAUCAAUAAUAAUUGCACUAUAAUGUCUAACGAUGUGCACUUGGCCAAAGUGAGCAAGAUACACCGCAGCAGCGAUAUAGCAGCCAAGGGAGCCAUGAUGAACCAUAGUCGCGGACGUUGUGCUGGUCUGCGUUUGGCUGGCAAAAGCGCAGAUCUAAUGGAUGAUAUGCGCCAGUGUGAUGAGGAUUAUUUGUUUGGCAGUAUUAGUCCAAGAGGUGGCAUGCCGCAUUUGUCCAGUGAUUUGGAAUCUCCGGAUCAUACACAACGUGAUACCACCGAAAGUGACAACAACAUAAGUUCCUGUUCAACACUGGAUAUUGUCAAUAAAGUUGAUAAUCUUUCCUUGCAACAGUUGGAAACCAAGGUGCGUGAAUUGUCACAGCGUCUCCAGCAGGCUGAAGAGCAACGUACUAUUGUGCAACAGCAAUUGGAAGAAUGCAAUGCUGAGAAGGAAAUAUGUUUGAGACGUUUGGAAAUUGUAAGUGCCGCCCAUGAAUGUCGCAUAACUGAAAUGCACUGUGUUAUAGCCGAAUUGAGUAAAAAACUACGCAAUAAACAGGAGACUACUAUUUUGGAAGAACAAGAGCCCGAAGGAAGUGAAAUAAGCUACCAAGAAGGCUCGGUCUACAACUCCGAACUAAACUUAACAAAUCCCGAUGCAGAGUGUCAAACUGAUCCUUUGGAAGAAGCAGACUACUCACACAAUGAGGUGGAGCAUAAUUUGUGCAGUGAAGUUACCGAAGAGCUAAAAAUAUGCGAUAUCAACUACAAAGCACAAGUUGAAGCUCUACAAGAGGAAAUCCUACACCUAAAGUCCCAAAUGGCAUUGCUGCAGUCAGAAAUUGCCAAUGCUAAUGGUCAUAAUGGUGGCAUUAGUACAGCCGUAGAGGAACCAGCCAGUAUUGAACAUUAUGGCGCCGAUGUAGAGGCGACACAAAGCCUAGACUCACUAGAGCCAUCACUACAACUAACGCACAAAGAUGUUGAUGAUGAGGUAUUGAAUGAUUUAAAUAAUACCUCAACAUUGACAGCAGAAGACACUUAUGUGACCAGUCCCCAUAAAAUACCAGCCAUACCAAAGAUGGCUGAGAGGGUAAGACUAAAAUGUGCCAGUAAAAUAGAGGGAGAUAACAUAACAGCCAUGGAUUUAAGGAAUAAUGAGAUUAAAAAUGCCAAUAUUGUGGAACAUUUAGUAUCAGAUCUCAAACAAAACAAUAGCUCUCUCAUGGAAUCCUUUAUCGAGCCCUCCCAGCUGGACAAUGAACUGCAGCGUUUACAGCGUAAAGUUGAGCAUUUAAAGGUGCAAAAUACAGUUUUGUCCCUGACCCUCGAUGAGUCCAAGGAACACUGUGAACAUUUGUAUUUGUUGUGCGGCAAAUAUGAAUCAAAUGCUAUUGCUUUGCAGGCAGCCUUAAAUUGUAGUGAUCGUGCCAUUGAGGCAUAUGAUGUUAUGUUGGCUUUGUUGGAAAGCAAAUUGGGUCUAAUCAAAGAAAAGUCCUCGGCAGCUGAAGAAAGUCGCAAAGCGGUUGAAUCUGUUGCCAGACAUUUGCUAGAUCGCUUGGAAAGUGAAAAAAAUACAUGUGAAAAUAGCUUAGGACCUUGGCAAAAUAGUUUUAGCAUCCCCGAUAAAGUCACACCCACCCCGUGGACAUCUGAAGAUGAUAAUCGUUUGCGCUAUCAUGUGUCCAAGCUAAAAGGCAGACGUUCAACUGUACAAAACACCAUAGUCAAUCUUGAAUCGCCCUUCAGUGACUCCUAUGAAAAAUCCCGUCUAUCACUCGAAAGCAAAAAAGAAUUGAGCGGUGUGGGCCAUAAGGAGAAAGCCACCGCACUCGAUUUAGAAAUGGCGGUGCUAAUGCAAGAACUAUUAAAUUUACGUGAAGAAAAUAUUGGCCUUAAAGUAAAAGCCGAACAGGCCGAACGGGAAAAACAAUAUGCUAAUGAUCGCAUAGGGGUGCUGCACGAGGCGCUCAAACAAUUGCAACAUCAAUUACAGCUGAACAAUGAAACCACUGAACUGUUUCAUCAUCAUCAACAGCAACGACCGUUACACAUAAUGGACCAACGUAACUCAACCUAUUCGGAAGCCGAACAUGUGGCAUUGACCGAACAGCAAUUGGUGGAGGCAUUAUCGCGCGAGUCCGAACUAAAGGGACGUAUACAGACGCUUAUAGCAUCCGUAACGGAAUCACAAAAAAUCUCAGAUGAAAAAUACGAACAUUUACACAAUAAUGUUAGGGAAUUACAAAAAACUAAUCUAAGCCUUACCCAAAUCAUUGAGCAAAAUAAACGAAAAUAUCAAACUCGAAUACGUAAAUUGGAACAGAAAAUCAUGGAUGUCACUUUGGAGAUUGGCCGCCAACAGCAGCACCAACAAUUAGAGCAGGAUGUGACCAAUAUUAAUAAAUACAAAUACAAACAGUAUACAUCAUCGGCUGCCUCAAUACAACAACCUACAGCACAUUUUAGGCCUCACCAGCAUCAUCAACAUCAUCACCACCAGCAACAGCAGCAGCCCCAUCAUGACAAUGUACCCGAAACAACGUUGUAGUAAAAAAUUAAAAACAAAAUUUUGAAAGAGUUCUUGUCAAAUUUUAAAGCCUUUAUCUUUCUAAUUGGAAUUGAGAACAGUUUGAACAAUGCAAUAGUGCAUUUUGCUAAUUUGUAAAUUCAUAAAAGAAUUUAUCGCACACGAAAUUUUCAUUAAGAAAUUCAACUGUUUUUUAUUUCAAUUCGAAAUUUGAAAGAGUUUUAUGGUAAAUUUCUUAAACUACAAGAUCUGAUGUGAAUAAUCUAAAUACUCUCUUUUGCAUAUCUUUAUACUUUUCACUUCUACCCUUCUACAACUACUAAUACUACUCUGUACGCCUAUAAACUAUAAAUAAUUAUUAACAAAUGAAAUGUAUUUAAUUGUUAAUACCACGUGUAAUUAACAAAGGAUUCGUAAAUGCAAUAACAUUGCAUCACCGCAGCCCAGCAAAUACAUAGCAUAUUUGCUGUCUCACGUCAAAGGUUUUCUGAACCAGUAUGCUUAAAUUUGUUGCAUUUACGAAUUCGUCCAUAAACUUUAGUUUAGUUUUCUAAUUAGACUCAAUGAUGUUUUUUUUAUUUCCUGCCAAUUUUUACCAAAAUUAGACUCUUGAUUUUGGCUUUUAUAUUUAAAAAAAAACUAUAUAUUACUUAUUAACACAGAUGUGCCAUUUGUUAAGCAUUAAAGCUUUUUUUUUUGUAAAAAUAAAAAAACUAAAUACAAAUAUUAAUUAAACGAAUUAUUUUCGUUUAUCCUUUUUUCAUAAUUAUUAUUAACAACAAAACAAUUUAUUAUUAUUCAAGUUUACUACUCAUACACUUAUUAAAAACAUUAAAUAAAAUAAAGCAAAUUAUAUAUUUAUAUAAUUAUUAUGUAUUAUGAAAUAUCAAUAGCAAUGUUAGCCCUUUAGCAGAGUUGUUAAAAGAAGAAAGAAGAAAAAAAAACAGAUAAAGUAAACAAAAUUAUUAUUAAUUACAUUAUGAUGAGAAAAAAAGUGCAGCUUGUAUUUGCUUUUUUUGUAAAAAAAACAAUAAACAAAUAAAAAAAAUUAUUAUACAUACAUAUAUAAAUUAUAAAUAUAACUAAAGGA